AUGAUUAGUGACAGUGGCUAUCAAAUGAUAACAACUGGUGAAUUCAGAAACCAAGUAGAGCUUCUGUAUCCCCUCCCAUCCCGCAACCCUCUUCCUUCCGCAUCUCCUGCAUCCAUUCCCUCAUCACCUCCCCCCCCUCCCCCCGACCACAUUAACCCUCUUCGCCUCCGCCCCUCCGCUCCUACCAACCCCUCCCGCGUACACUCCUGCCCUUCCCCCCCCAUUCCCCCAGGUCUCUCCCCCCUGAUCCCUCCCACUGAUCCCCCUCUCCCGUCCCCCAUGUCUCGAGCAACCUCUCUCCCCUCACGCCCCUCACUCCCACCUCCCCCCACACCCCCAGUCCCUUUUCCUCCGCCCCCACCCUCUCUCCAGUGCUCCCUACCCCCCAGGCCCCCCGCCUCCCACCCCCCCUCUCCCUUCCAUCUCCAUCCCUACUCACCUCUCCCCACCUUUUCCCCUCCCCCCCCUUGCCCUUAA